AUGCCAGUGUGCCACCAGUUCAUAGUGGUGCCUUUGUGCCGCGUUGCAUCAUGGGAGCCGUGCAGCACCUGUGCACGGGCGGGCGCGGGCAUUGAGCGCGCGCAGCGCUGCUCCCGCUCAGCUCGGGUUUCUCCGCGCACCGACAGCGAGGCAUCGCUCCGGAUUUUUCCCCCGCAGGUUGAUUUGUCCAGCGACUUGCUGUAUCGACUGCGACGGGGAAACCACACGGGACCAGGAAUGAGGACUUUCCCCAAAAACAGAAGCUGCGAUGUUUACAGCGUAUCCGGUUUAGGACACUGUGGAAGCGCGGACUCACCUGUACAGGAUAUUAAACUAAAGGAGCCGAGCACCUUUAACAGUGAGACUCAGGCCGGGUCAGACAUCAAGCGGCCGGUGGAUAGGAGAGCCACCUUCAGGACAUGGCGAAAGUGGGCGCUGGGAGCUGCCCCCCUCAUCCCUUUAUCCACCGCAGUUGCACUGACUCUCCAUUUCUUUGCAUCAUCCCCGUCUUCCACAGUGUUCUUCCUGGGAGGAAGCUUGGAGUUGUCCAACCUCAGCUUCUCACCAGAGCUGGCCGAUCCUUCCUCCACACAGUUCCACCGUCAGUCUCAGGCCCUCGGCCCCUAUUUCUCAGAGUUAUAUGAGUCGUCACCCUGGAGGCCAUACUACCGCCGCUCAGGGAUUGUCGCCUUUAGUGAAGGAGUGAACGGGCUCAAUGUUUUCUUCUGGAGUAAAUUCUCCACUCCUUCAGCGGCCAUCGCGGAGGAGCUACAGAGAUCUAAACCUGCGUGGAUGCAGCGGCAUUUUCCCGGCACCCACAAGGUUCUUCACAGCAGACUGGAGGAGCAGUAUUACCUGGCCAAGGAUGAAGACACACUAAGACUCCUGGGUUUGAAUUUAGACACUGAGGACGACGACGAUGAUGAUGAUAUGGCAGAUAAGAUAAAGAAUCCCAACAAUUUGCAGAAUGGCAAAUGGCAGCUUGGAAUUCAGGCCAUGUCGUUUGACCUCUACGCCAAAUAUGGCAACAAUCGUACACUGAGUUUGGUAAGCCCGAAGAAACCGUAUUACCAGUGGAGGCUAAGAGUUCCCUCGGGUCAUGUUGUACGGUUAGACGUAGUCACCCUGCAGGGGGCGACACCUGGUAGCUGUUCGGCCAACAAACUCUCGGCAUACGACUUCCUGCUCCCUCUUCAGAACAAAAUCAUUGCCAGGUGGUGUGGAUUGCCAGUGACUGGAUCGUCUCCGGUGAUGAAGCUGACAUCCUCUGGAAACGUCAUGCUCGUCACUUUUUCGUUUAGUCGUCAGAGACAUGGCGCCAUCUUCAAGGCUUACUUUCAGGCCAUACCAAAAGCCGAAUGCGGAGGCUUUCUUUCAGCUUGGAAUGGUACCGUGGUGUCUCCUUACUAUCCUGCCAACUACCCUCCAAACGUGGACUGUAACUGGAAGAUCAGGGCUCCGCUGCCUGGAUACCUGCUGUCUAUAACCAUUGUGAUGCUGGAUAUCCAGGACUCACCCACCACCAGCAGCUGCGAGAAAGACUGGCUGGAAAUCGGAGGUGUCAAGCUGUGUAAUCCAAUUGGGGACAGCAGCAGGAAGAGGAUCUACUCCUCCCCUGUGUUACUGCACUUUCACUCCGACGAGUCUCUGACUCACAAGGGCUUUUACCUGGUGUACAGAGCCUUCUCCCCAGAGAGCACGUGUCCGAGGCAGUUCCGCUGUGGAGACGGACGCUGUAUUCCUCUGAGAAAAGUGUGUGAUGGAGAGAAGGACUGUGCGGACGGCCGGGACGAGGCCAAGUGCUCAAUGUGCAAACCAGGAGAGGUGUAUUGUGGGAGCGGGCAGUGCAGACCACAUGGAAGCCAGUGUAACCUACAGGCUUGUGGAGACAGCAGCGAGGAAACAAACUGUGGUAAUGUAGCCCUUUUCCUCCUCAAGCCCUUUCCCACUCAUCACUCCCAAAGGUCUGUUAGCUCUUUUAACCUGUUCCUAUUCACCUUAUUCACACUUGUGAACAGUUAUACGAGUCGUAGCGAUUGUAAUUACCUGAUUGUCCUCGAUUCAUGUGUCUGCUUAGAGUCUGUUCCCUUCUCAGCAGGUAAAUGUUACCACAUGUGCUCCAACAAAAUAUGUCUGCCCAAGUCUUCUGUGUGUGACGGAGUCAUAGACUGCAAAGACCGCAGUGAUGAACUCAACUGUACAAGAGCAUAUAAAGGUUGCUCGCCGACAUCCUAUAAAUGUGCUAAUGGCAAGUGUAUCGCGAAGGUGAACCCAGAGUGUGACGGCAUCAAAGACUGCAAGGACGGUUCUGAUGAGAUUCGCUGUGGGUGUGGCACUCGACCUAGGAAACGGGCGAAGAUCGUGGGAGGGACGGAUGCCCAGGCGGGGUCGUGGCCCUGGCAGGUGAGCCUGCAGAUAGAGCGCUAUGGUCAUGUAUGUGGAGCGUCGCUGGUGGGAAGUCGCUGGCUAGUCUCCGCCGCUCACUGCUUCCAGGACUCAGACGCUAUCAAAUACUCAGAUGCUCGUGCCUGGAGGGCCUACAUGGGCAUGCGAGUCAUGAACUCAGCCAGUAACGCUGCUGCUACACGCCAGAUCCGUCGGAUAGUCCAGCACACACAGUACGAUCAGUUCACCUCUGACUACGACAUCGCCCUCUUGGAGCUCAGUGCCCCUGUCUUCUUUAAUGAUUUGGUACAGCCCGUGUGUGUUCCAGCCCCAUCUCAUGCCUUUACUUCCGGCACCAGCUGCUUCGUCACUGGCUGGGGAGUCCUCACUGAGGAAGGUGAGCUGGCCACCCUGCUACAAGAGGCCACAGUAAGCAUCAUCAACCACAAAACGUGCAACAAGAUGUACGACGAUGCCGUCACUCCCAGAAUGAUAUGUGCAGGGAGCAUACAGGGAGGAGUCGAUGCCUGUCAAGGAGACUCUGGAGGGCCUCUGGUGUGUCUAGAAAGGGGUCGGAGGUGGUUUCUGGCUGGUAUUGUGAGCUGGGGAGAGGGAUGCGCACGGCAAAACCGGCCUGGGGUUUACACACAAGUCAUCAAGUUCACAGACUGGAUCCACCAGCAGACUAAAGGCCAGGUGUGACGCGUGAGAGAUAAACAGCUUGGAUUUCUUCAUGAUUUGCACACACUCUGUCGUUCUUUACAGACAACCAACCCGGACGCCAUGGUCUGUAGUGAUACAGCGUACUCCAUCAAGUUUUUAAGAAGGACCUCUCUCAGUCCAGUCCUCCAGGCCUCAUCUUUAACCACCUCAUACGUCUCUGUUUAAUAAUGCUCUUUUUUUAUCAUGAACAAAACACACAGUGCACACAUUCAACAAGAUUUGCAAAGAGUACCGCAUAUGCUGCAUCACUAGUACCAUACAUUUAAUCCUAUUAACAGCUUACAUGAGAUAAAUAGUAUUUAUUAAAGGCCAUAUAAUUAUACUACUGUGAAAUUGAUUACAAGUAAAAUAAUCAAAAUGAGCAUAAGUCCCGAAGAAUCAUGAAGGAAGAAACACAACCAGAUGAUUUGCUUAUUCACUGUAGAAGUAUUUACCUUGGUUUAGUCAUUUUAUUCUCAUCAUAAUAAUCCCCUGACUCAUGCGGGUAAAAAGAUCAUACAAACAUCAAAUAAGAUAUAUUUUGCUCUUUUGUUUAGUUAGCAAUAUUUAGCUACCCAGAUAAUGACACUUAUAUUCUACACACGUGUUUAUUUUUAAAGACAUAUGACCGAUUUUCUGUCACGUGCACAACUUAAAUGUAGGAGGAUUUAGAGAGUUUAUUGCUAAACCGAGGGUUCAGAUGAUUAAAGUGAGACCCCAGGUUUAUUAAACUGAUUACAGACUCCACAGUUUGGCUGUUGCAGCAUUACUGCUGUUACUCGUUCCCACAUGAAAGUCGGUAAGAGGAAAGUCUACACCUUCCUGCUGGUCUUUGUCCUUAUUUCCUUAUUUCCUAUAUGCUGAACAACCUGAAAUCCAUGUCAAACGAUCACACUUUAUGUUUCUGUUACAUCUGAAAUAUUAGACCUAUAUUAAACAGAGGUGCUAUACUA